GGGCUUACUGCUUCCUUCGAAGCCCAGGGUGGUGUGCAUUGUAGGCUUGGCCGCCCAUUUCGAUAUGCUUUCUUCACGUGGCAAUAAUACGGUAUCAAGCAUCGUUCUAUAUAGCUAUCUCGUUCCUUCUCGCGCAAGUCCUGAGACUUCGUCUUGCCUUCUGAACCAUCGCAGGCUAGUCUACUUCCAUCUGGUCUUCGUGUGGCCUUGAGUAUAGAGCAGGCCCUACCACUUCUGUCGAAAGCAAAGAAAGGAAUCACCGCAACCAUGGACGCUAUAGUGCAAGCCAUCCUUAACCUCAGCCGACUGGAGGUCAAGUUGAUCAGGAUCAGCGACCAGAAGCCAAACUCUUUCGUGAUGGAGCUCGAAGCACGCGUGGUCAGAACUGGCCCCAUCAGCGCGGUGCUGAUGCCCAUGAAAGUCGACAUGGUCGGGCCAAAAGGCACGUUUGGCGUCGCCCAGCUUCCGGAGAUCAAGACGAAUCCGUCUGGUACGGACGUGCAUGUUCCGCCACAGACGAUUGAUAUCGUCAACCACGAGGCGUUCGAGGCGUUCGUCAAGUCCAUCACCCUCGACGAACAGAUCGUGCUCCGGCUCGACAACGGAAAGGGCAAGAUCAAAGCGCUCUUCAUGACGGCCAACAUCAACUACGUCAAGGAUGUCGACAUCCCGGGCAUGAACGGCGCCAAGAUUGAGAUCGUGAAGACGGUGCCGCAGCCGGACGGCACCUUCAAGAACACGAUCAAGGUCAUCAACCCGUCGCCGUUGGAGAUCGACGUGCCGUACAACACCUUCCACUUCGUCGAUGAGACGGGUACCGUCUUCGCUGAGCAGAAGGGUAAGCUCUACAUCACGCGCGGUGACUCGUACCACGAAGUCACCGGCACGGUCAAAGCGAAGAAUCCAAAGGGGGAAAUCCACCUUGUUGGGGUCUCGGUGGACCAAGACAGCUGGAUGAAGGUCACAAUCACUUACUUCGAUUCGGUCGUCACUCUGCCGCCCGAGAUGGUUAGCUUGACGUCUUAGGGGGGCUUUUUUUUUCCUCCCCCUCUCUUUUCCUUGGCUUGCUGACUGGUCGGUUCUGGGAGACUCAUGCAGCGUUGUUCGUGGGGCUUGGGGUUUAUUGAUGGUGAUUGACAAAUGGGCAGACGGUCAGGCUACAGGUUACAACAGACAGGUUAGGCUCAGAUAUAUACGUCUCCUUGGAAAUACAGUCUCCCAUGU